CACUGGUUGAGGUGAUGGGUGGUUCUGACUGCUUUCUCCUCUGUGGCAGAUGCAGAGUGCAGCAGCGCUGCAUUUGUGAAGAGAACAAGGAGGACACGCUGCAGUAGGAGAAGAGACUAGGAGGCUAACAUUCAAUGCCGUCAACAAAAGUCUACCUCCCGAGCACAGUCUGCACAACCUCCUAGUGAUCUAUUUUCAGCUUCUCUCUCUCUCUCUCUCUCUCUCCCCCCUCUUCUCUAUCUCGCUCCUCCUUCUCACUCUCCUCUCGCCAUUCGCUGAUCUCUCAUGUGGCGCUCUCAGAUCUUCGCCGACGCAGUGACAGCCAGACUCUUGAGCUGACGGUGUCCAUGUCUACUCUGCUUUCCAAACAGACGACUGGUGCUUUUUGGACGAGAUUCACACAGCCUUUUUUUUGCCUGCUAUUUAUUUUCCCCAGAUUGACAGUUUUUCAUACGUGGUGUUUUGAGAAGGCUACGUAACUCAGAGGGCGGUGUGUAUUUUAACUUUGCUCCUCUGAGUGGUUCAGUGCUGGUCUUCUCGCCUCUGGCCAAACUACUUGUUUUGUUUCUUCUGUAGCCUGUGCUUGGAACAGCUCUCUGUUCACCUGGAGACACAGUUCUGUUUGAGCCAUGGAACCUCAAGGAUCUCUCUCCUUCAUCAGUUGUUUCAUCUCUAGAAGAGGAAUUCUGGAGUUUUCUUUAAAAAUCUAAGAGGAAUUUUGCAGUGUUCACCUUCUCAUCUAGUCCAAGCUUUUCUCUCAUUUUCUGCAUCUGAAACUUGCCUGGAUAGUGUUUCUUUUGUUUCCCCAUAUGUAUUGGAAGGACACCCUUGCACUGGCAUGCUUUUAAGGCCCACCGUGCCGGGGCUGUGCGCAAUGUUGCAGACCAUCUAUGAGACCGAGUCCUGCUUCUCCUCAGACGCAGUGUCCAGCAGGGAGCAACCUCUGGAGCUGCUGCCCCUGUCCCAAGUGUCGGCCAUGCCCAGUGCUGCUGUGGAGGUGAAGACAACUCUCCCCUCGGGGAUGCAGAGCCCUGUGGGCGGCAGUGAGCAGGGUGUUGGAGGUGGUCCCGUGGACCUGAGGACUGAUCCCAGGCUGGGACCCCUGGGCGGAGGAGUGGACCCAGCCAUGAGGGAGCAGCAACUGCAGCAUGAACUGCUGCUCCUCAAGCAGCAGCAGGAGCUUCAGAAACAGCUUCUCUUCGCUGAGUUCCAGAAGCAGCAUGAGGUGCUGACACGUCAGCAUGAGGUUCAGCUGCAGGAGCACCUGAAGCAGCAGCAGGAGAUCCUGGCGGCCAAGCGGCAGCAGGAGCUGGAGCAGAAGAGGAAGCUGGAGCAGCAGAGGCAUGAGGAGCUGGAGAAACAGAGGCUGGAGCAGCAGCUCCUCAUGCUACGCAACAAGGAGAAGGGCAAAGAGAGUGCCAUUGCCAGUACGGAGGUGAAGCUGAAGCUCCAGGAGUUCCUCCUGAACAAAAAAGAGCCUGGCACACCUGGCGGACUAAACCAUUCCUUCCCCCAGAAAUGCUGGGGGGCCCACCACACCUCUCUGGACCCCAACUCCCCCCCUCAGAGUAACACUCUGGGAAUGCCGCCCUCCUACAAACUGCCCCCACUACUGGGGUCCUACGAGGGCAGGGACGAUUUCCCUCUCCGGAAAACUGCCUCCGAGCCCAAUUUGAAGGUGCGUUCGCGGUUAAAACAGAAGGUAGCUGAGAGGCGGAGCAGUCCUCUGCUGAGGAGGAAGGACGGGACAGUGAUAAGCACCUUCAAAAAGAGAGCCAUCGAGAUCUCUGUGUCCUCCAUGUGCAGCAGUGCCCCUGGCUCCGGGCCCAGCUCGCCCAACAGCUCCAACAGCGCCAUCGCGGAGAACGGCUCCAGCGGAUCUGUCCCAAACAUCCACGCAGAGCAGCUGCGGUCCCUCCACCAGACCCUUAACGCUGAUGGGACAGUCAGUCCGCUGAGCCUCUACACGUCCCCCUCGCUGCCUAACAUCUCCCUGGGCCUGCCAGCCAACUCUCACCUCACCGCCAAUCAGAAGCUGUUGCAGGAGGCGGAGAGGCAGGCCAUCCAGACCAUGCGUCAGGGUGGGGCUCUGACGGGCAAGUUUGUCAGCACCUCGUCCCUGCCGGCAUCAUGCCUGCCACCUGGGAUGCAACACGACUUAGACUCCACCCAGGCCCCCAACAGCCACAGCAGUCACUCCUCCCUACUGCAGCACGUCCUCCUGCUGGAGCAGGCCCGCCAGCAGAGUGCCCUCCUCUCAGUCCCCAUGUACGGUCAGUCGCCGUUGGUGACGGGGGAGCGGGUGUCCAACAGUAUGCGCACAGUGAAUAAGCUACCACGCCACCGGCCCCUGAGCCGCACACAGUCUGCGCCCCUCCCCCAGAGCCCCCAGGCCCUGCAGCAGCUCGUCAUGCAGCAGCAGCACCAGCACUUCCUGGAGAAGCAGAAGCAGUACCAGCUCAACAAGAUUCUGUCAAAAGGGGUGGAGCUUCCUCGCCAACCGCCCACCCACCCCGAGGAGACAGAGGAGGAGCUCACAGAGACACAGGAGAUGCAGGAGGAGGGGGCGGAGUCUGAGUGUCUGGGGGAGGGGCGUCCUCAGGAGCAGAGGCUCCAGAAGGAAGAGUCGGGGGUGACGUCGCCCCCCUCAGAACGCCUGCUGACCCCCCUGAAGGGCGAGAGCACAGAGAGCGACCUGGAAGAAGAGGAUGAUGAAGACGAGGCCAUCGAGCUGAGGGAGUGUGAUGAGGAGGGCGUACCUUACGGCCAACAUCACCUGCAACAGCUCAAUGUGUUCCAGGCAUCCCUGUCCAUUUCGGGCAUGCCCCACAGACCUCUGGGAAGGGCCCAGUCCUCCCCUGCCACUGCCAGCAUCAAGGGGGCUCCCAUGGGUGAGGUCCCCAUCAAGCACCUCUUCACUACAGGGUUGGUGUACGACACCUUUAUGCUGAAGCACCAGUGUAUGUGUGGGAACACCCACAUCCACCCAGAACACGCCGGCCGCAUCCAGAGUGUGUGGUCCCGGCUGCAGGAGACUGGGCUCCUGGGCCGCUGUGAGAGGAUUCGGGGGAGGAAGGCCACGUUGGAUGAGAUCCAGACUGUGCAUUCAGAAUACCACACACUGCUGUAUGGAACCAGUCCCCUCAACAGACAGAAACUAGACAGCAAGAAGCUCUUAGGUCCAAUCAGUCAGAAGAUGUAUGCGGUGUUGCCCUGUGGAGGCAUUGGGGUGGACAGUGACACUGUGUGGAACGAGAUGCACUCCUCGGGCGCUGUCAGAAUGGCUGUUGGCUGCGUCAUCGAGCUGGCUUUCAAAGUGGCCGCCGGGGAACUGAAGAACGGCUUUGCCGUGGUGCGUCCACCAGGCCAUCACGCUGAGGAAUCCACUGCCAUGGGCUUCUGCUUCUUCAACUCAGUGGCCAUCACAGCCAAGCUGCUGCAGCAGAAACUAGGAGUGAGCAAGGUCCUCAUCGUGGACUGGGACAUUCACCAUGGUAACGGGACACAGCAGGCUUUUUACAACGACCCCAAUGUACUUUACAUUUCCAUGCAUCGCUACGACGAUGGAAACUUCUUCCCCGGCAGUGGGGCUCCUGAAGAGGUGGGGGUUGGACCUGGUGUUGGCUUCAACACAAACAUCGCUUGGACAGGGGGCGUAGAACCGCCCAUGGGUGACGUGGAGUACCUGACUGCCUUCAGGACGGUGGUGAUGCCCAUAGCCAACGAGUUCUCCCCUGACGUGGUCCUAGUGUCCGCUGGGUUUGAUGCCGUGGAGGGCCACCAGUCCCCUCUGGGAGGAUACAACGUCACUGCUAAAUGUUUCGGCCACCUCACCAAGCAGCUGAUGAAGCUGGCGGGGGGACGUGUGGUCCUGGCGCUGGAAGGAGGUCACGACCUCACGGCCAUCUGUGAUGCCUCCGAGUCCUGUGUGGCGGCCCUGCUCGGCGAUGAGUUGGACCCCCUGCCACAGGCUGUCUUGCAACAGAAGCCCUGUCCAAAAGCUGCUGCCUCUCUGGAGAGGGUCAUCGAGAUACAGAGUAAACACUGGAGCUCUCUCCAAAGGUUGGCUCCCACGGUGGGCCAGUCCUUAAUGGAUGCCCAGCGGAGAGAGAAGGACGAGGCCGACACGGUCACCGCCAUGGCAUCGCUUACCGUGGAUACUGAGCAGGCCGCCGCUUCCACCGUCUCCACGGAGACCAGCAGGUCUACAGAAGAGCCAAUGGAAGAAGAGCCCGUCUUGUAGGAGGAAACAGUUGUCACGACACCUUUGUCUCCACAUCCUUCGGCAUUAGCCUUCUCCUGUCAUCCUCUCCUCUUUCCAGCCCUCGCCUCACCUCUUUCCAUUUUCUGAGGAUUGAUGGACUUGUGCUAGCCUCCCUUUCCAACUCACUGAGGUGAGUUUGUUAAAGUGUGUGUGGGAGAGGAGAGGCAUAACACACACACACACUGACCUAAAGGGGGCAGCGGCGGAUAUGCGUGAUUGGUGGAGAAGCAGGAAGAGGCGGGACCUUUUGAGGAGCCUGUGUUUCUUGCUUUUUUUCUUUCAAUCUUUUUUGUAAGCAGAAGGCAGUGGAUCCAGGGGGGUACCUCGGCUCUGGGGCCCGAGAAGCUUUGUACAUUUCUUGUCAUACUUUAUACUUUUCAGGAACAUUAGAACUGAAAAAGCCAACAAGCAGCAAAAAUAUUUCAACAGCCACAAAUACACUCAAACACACCCGCAUUAUAUUAUACACACUAAGUUCCCAACAGCGGAACAACAAUGGGGUUGUAUCAAUGAAUAAUGCUCUUCCUUUCAGAGCAUGCGUACCUCUGUUCCUAUUUUGUCUGUCAUUUGGUAUUCUCAUGCAUCUAUUCAAUAAUCUGUUCAAAGAAGCACACAAACAUAUAUAUAUAUAUUCCUUUCACUGUAUCCGAUAUCAGCUGUGGUUGUGGAGUGGAGGUCGAGCUGUGGAUCCUGCCAUGGGGGACUUACUGGCUGAAGGAGACAUCUCUCCAAUUCAGUCUUCUUUUUUUUUUUUUCAGGAAGCCUCAGCUCCCUCCACUUUGUAUGGGACAGAAUGUAUUUUGAGGUGGUUUUUACCCUUCUACUUUGUUUGGACUAUCAAAAAAGGACACAUACAUACCCACAAUCAAAUUUACCGCUUGGUGCAAUGAAAGCCCACGGAUUGGACGAGGAAGGAUUUUUGUGGAAUAAUACUUGGAUUAUGAACUUUUUGUCUCACGCUUGCUGCUGCGACUGGGAGACUUGUGGUGGUCAUGAGACUGGAGAAAGACGUUUUUAGAAGAACUUGGUGCCUUUAUAUUAAAUAUCCCUGUUAACACCAACUACACCACCACUUAGCAGAACACAGGACAGAAAGACAAAUCUACACACUUGUUACUCUCAUGUCUGUUUUGUUUGUAUAUUUGUUUGCUUGUUUCUUUCAAAAUGCCUUAAUUUCCUCCAGAGAAUGCACCAUUUUAGCCAUCUCUGCAGAGAUGGGAUUCUAAUCCUAUGUCCUCUCUCUUUCCUCUUUCUGGGUUUGUGUAAUACUCUAGGUCAAAGGUCAGUGUGGCCUUAACUGAUUUUUUUUUUUUUGCGUCCUUUAUCAAUUCCGACCAGUACAAAUGCGGCUGGCGGUAUGAUUGUGAGGAAAUUUGAACGCUACAACGACCAACUUUUUGCCAUGUCACUUCCUGUCACUUGUAAAUACUGCAUCCUGUCCUGCUCUGGCAAACCCCUCAACCUGAGACGGUUCAAUAACGAACUCAUUGUUUUUCCAUUUAUUUAGAGAGGAAGGACUGAACUUGGUCACUUUUUUAAACAAACGUUUUAUUUUGUAAAAAAAAUCAAAUAUAUGAAUAUGUAUAUGAAUAAUGACAAUAACAGUGUUAAUCCAAUCAAAUUGGAUAUGAAUAUUAUAUUUGAGAAGAGUUAAAAAAAAAAAAAGUAUGCUAAAGCCACCUUAAGCACACAAUCAUACUGGUUUUUGCAAUCAAUGUUUUGUCCUAAGUGCCAUUUUUGUUUUUUCCACACAAAAAAAAGAGACAACAGAAAUUGUGAUAUGGGGUGGAUCUCAUUUGGCAAAUAAUCAUGAGCAAGCACCACUUUAGAUGUUUACACUGCAAUACCCCAAUCCCUCAACUGUUGCCCACUUGUCAGCUGUCAUAAACCCUUUGUUUGACUUAGUGUCCAGGUGCUGUGUUAUCUGGCCUCCAUUUUUGCCAUCAAUAUUUAUAUUUCUCAAUCAAUGAAAAGUGUUUUCACUUGACGCCUAUAUGAUCACACAAAUUAAAUAUAUAUAUUUACAGUGGGAAUUAGCACAAUCAUCAUGCUUGAGGAAUUCAUACAAAUCAAGUAUAUCUACUAGAGAAUGGUAACCGACACCUCCCUUAAAGACAUGCUCUGGAACUUUGGCGACUAUUAAGUCUUUUUUUAAAACCUCUCGCUUUCGGCUGGAUGUGUCAAUGUGUCGUUCAUACAUGCAUAAUCUAAAAGCAGAAUUACCUCAAUUAGCUACGCAAUCCCUAGUUUAAAAGCCACUGUUUUUUGGGAUGCUGUGGCAUUUUCCUUUGGACUGGCAUUUUCCUUAUUUUCCCCCACCUAGGCCAGCCCUCUAGCAAUUUGAGUAAAACCAAUGAGCUUCUGCCUCUUGCCAGCUAGCGAAAUGUACAUGGUACAUCAACAGCAGAGAAAGAGGGAGAUCUAGGACAUGGUGCACGUAUGUCACGUAAUACACAAUUGUUGGGGCCCACUUUUUGCUCGUGACCACAACUUUCAGAACUACCGGCUAAAAAGUAUACAAAAGUACCACUUUCACCAGCAUACUCAGAAGAUAAUGUGUGCUGGUCUACAUUGAUCAUUUUGUUUUAUUUCAAGCAAUGUAACGAAACACUGACCAAGUAUUCUGCAUCUCAUUUGUCCUCCUUUAUUGAGGUAAAAAAAAAACUAUCAUUACGUAAUAGGAUAUUUCUGUAGAGUUGUUCCCUCUAAUCAUAUAGUCCAUUCUCUACCGGUCCACUCACCCAUCGUAAGGUACUUUUGUCCCUUUGUCACACAACUUUAUAUUGAACUUAUCUACAUACUGUAAUAACUAUACAGUGACUAUGUUUUCAUAGGCGUUGACACCCCUUUAACGUUUAACUCCCUCACUAGUUACCCUUCUUCAUAUGGAACACAAAGGGCUAGCUUAGUUCAAUCCAAAAUGUAAGUUUUAGAGGUUUUCAGCCCUGUCAUUUGAAGUCAAUAUGACUCCAUGUCCAUCUCAAGUAGAUCAAGCUUUAUGCUGCAAUCCCAAAUGAAUGGGAAGGUUGGACACUGGCACUGUCUAAAAUGGUGAAAUCAGAUAUGCUUGAAUCCCAAAUAAAUGGGAAAGAUGAUCUGAUUUCACCAUUUUAGACAGUGCCAGUGUCCAACCUUCCCAUUCAUUUGGGAUUGGAGCAUACUGUGCAUUCUGGAAGUAUUCAGACCCCUAGACUUUUUCCACAUUGUUACGUUACAGCCUUAUUCUAAAAUGUAUUUAAAAACAAAUUCCCACCAAUCUACACACAAUACCCCAUAAUGACCAAGCAAAAACUGUUUUUUAGAAUUUUUGCAAAUGUAUCUAAGAUUUAAAAACAAACAACAACAAAAAACACACCGUAUUUACAUAUGUAUUCAGACAUUUUGCUAUGAGACUUGAAAUUGAGCUCCGGUGAAUCCUGUUUCCAUUGAUCAUCCUUGAGAUGUUUCUACAACUUGAUUGGAGUCCACCUGUGGUAAAUUUAAUUGAUUGGACAUGAUUUGGAAAGGCACACACCUGUCUAUAUAAGGUCCCACAGUUGACAGUGUAUGUCAGAACAAAAACCAAGCCAUGAGGUCGAAGGAGUUGUCCGUAGAGCUCAGAGACAGGAUUGUGUCGGUACAGAUCUGGGGAAGGGUACCAAAAAAUGUCUGCAGCAUUGAAGGUCCCCAAGCACACAGUGGCCUCCAUCAUUCUUAAAUGGAAGAUGUUUGGAACCACCAAGACUCUUUCUAGAGCUUGCCGCCCGGCCAAACUGAGCAAAUGGGGGAGAAGGGCCUUGGUCGGGGAAUAGUUACUCUGACUAAACUCCAGAGUUCCUCUGUGGAGAUGGGAGAACCUUCCCGAAGGACAACCAUCUCUGCAGCACUCCACCAAUCAGGGCUUUAUGGUAGUGGCCAGACAGAAGCCACUCCUCCGUAAAAGGCACAUGACAUCCCGCUUGGAGUUUGCCAAAAGGCACCCAGACCAUGAGAAAUGAGAUUCUGGUCUGAUGAAACCAACCAUCUGGAGGAAACUUGGCACCAUCCCUCCGGUGAAGCAUGGUGGUGGUAGCAUCAUGCUAUGGGGAUGUUUUUUAGUGGCAAGGACUGGGAGACUAGUCAGGAUCGAGGGAAAGAUGAAUGGAACAAGUACAGAGAUCCUUGAUGGAAACCUGCUCAGGACCUCAGACUGGGGUGAAGUUUCACCUUCCAAGCACACAGCCAAGACAACGCAGGAGUGGCUUCGUGUAAAUCUCUGAAUGACCUUGAGUGGCCCAGCCAGAAACGUGACUUGAAUCCGAUCGAACAUCAGGAGAGACCUGAAAAUGGCUGUGCAGCGACGCUCCCCAUCCAACCGGUCAGAGCUUGAGGCUCUGCAGAGAAGAAUGGGAGAAACUCCCCAAAUACAGGUGAGCCAAGCUUGUAGCAUCAUACCAAAGAAUACUCAAGACUGUAAUUGCUGCCAAAGUUGCUUCAAUAAAGUACUGAGUAAAGGGUCUGAAUACUUAUGUAAAUGUGAUAUUUACAUUUUUUUAAAUGUAUAAUCUAAGAACCUGUUUUUGCUUUGUCAUUAUGGGGUAUUGUGUGUAGAUUAAGGGGGGGGGACUAUUUAAUCAAUUUUAGAAUAAGGCUGUAAUGUAACAAAAUAUGGAAAAAGUGAAGGUGUCUUAAUACUUGCCGAAUGCACGGUAUAGCUGGAUCUACUUACCCAAUGGUGUGGGACUUGGAAUCAUGUUGACCUUCGAGGUCUGAAAAUGUCUGAAACUUUGAAUUGUGAGUGAACUACCCCUUUAACGUCAUAAAGUUCCCUUAUAGCUCCUAUUGUCAUACCGACCAUGGUAUGCUCUUUCGGUGUUGGUUUUCAGUGGUACUACUUCCCAGGCGGAGCACGUGACCUGAUGUCACAGAAAAAACAGGCAUUCGCCAUUUGACUGAACUCUAAUCACGGUGUUGUCACAAUCAUGUCACCGGGGUAGGAAUUGAAACUCAUCACUUGCAAAAUUGUUGGUGGAUGCCACUGUACUCACAUGUAAUAUACACAGUGGUUCCUACUUCCUUUUACAUGUGGCUAUGGUGUGUGUGUGUGUGUGGGGGGGGGGUGUACUUGCAGUACAUGGGACUGCUAUAACCUUGUUCAUGUUUUCAUUUAGAUCAUUGACCAUUUAGAGAUUUGGUGCAUAGUUUUGUACCUCCACGUGAGAUGUCAUAUGCCAUCUCACCCACGGGACAGCCCAAUAACCCAUUGGGCUGUCCCGUGGGUGAGAUGGCAUAUGACAUAAUUACCCUUUAAUUGAACUGACGUGUGUUUUGUAGGUCAGGGCUUUUUUCCUGUGGGUAUGUUGGAGGGGCAGCAAAAAAAAAAACUCAAACCAAGAAAGUCUACUCAGAAUAUAGGAAUGUUUUUGUGUGUUGCCUUAGUCAAAACAACUACUAAAAGUGGCAACCAUGCAAAUGUGUUCUUUCUGUCUAAACAGAUACUGGAAGACAUCCAAGUCUGUAAAUUAUAUCGACUUAUCCACCAUUGAAGAUAGCUUUAUUGUUGCUGCCACACUAUUUUGCUAUUCAGUAAAUGUAUAUUUAUUUAUAUUUCAUACAUUGUGUAUAUGUAGUGACCUAUGAUCGUCAAGGUUCAAAGAGUAAUUGUAUAUUUUUUUGACUUUGGAAAGAGAAGUGUGUCUCUUACGUUGAAACACCAGCGCAGUGGAAGGACACAAUCUCCACUUUCUGUGGUUGGAUGUUUGAAUGUGACUGUCUUUUACCUUAUAUUUUAAAUAUAUUCUUUCUCUCUUCUGGUCAUAACUAAUGCAGACGUUUUGAAUUGAUCAAAGCACAUUCCUUAAUGUCAUGUGUUCUUUCAAAUGCUUUCCUGUUGCGACAAUACAAAUGUGUUUAUACUAAUUGCUACUCACGUGUAUAUGUGCAUAUAUGUGUACACAUGUGCAAUACACGCUAUUUGAGCAAUCUAUUACUGUGACUAUUAUUGAUGAAAAUCGCUGUCCCUUUGACCUUUUUUUUCAUGAGUUGCAUUGUGCACAGCGCCACCUUGUGGGUUAGCAAGGAUCUUAAAGGGAAUGUUGAGUCUGAUUACUGUUUUAUUUCAGGUUGUGUACAUUUUUUUUAAAGCCCUUUUUUUAUUACUCAUUGUAAUGUUGUGACAUCCUAUUUGAGUAUCUUUUUUUUUAAAGUGGGCCUGUUAAUUGUCAAACUCAAUAAAGCGAUUCACUGCUCCAAUA